AUGAAAAAGCAGCAGAAUAUAAAUAAGGAUUGGACAUGGGAUAGUUUAAAAGACGAAUUUCUCAACGAAUUUCAACCAAUAGGAUAUUCUAUACUGUUAAAAAAUAAAUUAGAAAAUAGAAAACAAGAAAAUUUGGAAUCAACAACAAGUUACGUCACUGAUAUAGAAAAUUUGUGUAGACAGGUAAAUAAAGAUAUGAAAGAGGAAGAGAUAUGUAUAUAUAUACUAAAAGGAUUGAAAGAACCAAUUUUAAAUGCAAUUUCGUUACAUGACAAUAGCAAUUUAAAAAAAAUUAAAAAUAACUUAAAAAAAUUUGAACUAAUGCAAUUCAGAAUAAAUUCAAGAGAUCAAAACCAAAACGAAUACUCAAAAAUAUUUAACGAACAAAUACUUCAAUUAAACAAAAAAACAACUGAAAAAGCAGUGAUAGAAAUUGCAGAAUUAAAAAGUGAACUAGUAGAAAGAGAUAGAGAAUUUAAAAGAGAGAUAAGUAAAUUAAGUGAUGAGAUAAAACAAAUAAGUUUAUUUGGAAAAAUACAAAAUAAAACAGUUAACUUUGGAAAUGAUAAAUACGAAAAAAAUAACAGAAAUUAUGACCGUUAUGACGACAGAGGUAGUAGUUACGAAAGAGAAAUAAAUUAUCAAGGACACAAACGCGACUAUAGAGACAAAAGUCCAUACCCAGGGAGUGUAAAUCGUAGAAAUAGAGAAUCUAGUACGGACAGAAAAUAUGGAAGAGACAGGUCACUUUCCAGAGACAGAGAAUAUUAUAAUAGAAGACCAAGAGAAUCUAGUCCAUAUAGAAAUGAUAAUAGGGAUCAUAGAAAUAGGUCAAAUUCCAGAGAUAGAGACAAUAGAGGAACUAAUUAUCAUAACUAUAAACGUCAAUACAGCAGGGAUAAUAGUCGCGAAAGAACACCUGAACAGUAUAGGGACAAUUACGAAAAAGAAUCGAAAAGAGUUACAUGUUACAAAUGCAAUGAAAAGGGGCAUUACGCUGAUAGGUGUACCUUGUCAAAAAACGAUUAA